AUGGCUCAAACAACACCAAAUCACACACAAACUGUUUCUGGCUGGGCAGCUCAUGAUUCUUCUGGCAAGAUUACCCCAUACACCUUCAAAAGAAGAGAAAAUGGUGUUACUGAUGUAACUAUCAAGAUUUUGUAUUGUGGAAUUUGUCACACUGAUAUCCAUCAUGCUAAAGAUGACUGGGGCAUUACUAUGUACCCAGUUGUUCCCGGGCAUGAGAUAACAGGGGUUAUCACUAAGGUUGGGAGUGAUGUAUCAGGAUUCAAAGAAGGAGAGAGAGUUGGUGUGGGGUGUUUGGCUGCUUCAUGUUUGGAUUGUGACUUUUGCAAAACAGAUCAGGAAAAUUACUGUGAAAAGUUGCAGUUUGUUUACAAUGGAAUUUUCUGGGAUGGUAGCAUUACAUAUGGUGGUUACUCACAAAUGUUGGUGGUAGAUUACAGAUAUGUAGUACACAUUCCAGAGAACUUACCAAUGGAUGCAGCAGCACCAUUAUUGUGUGCUGGAAUAACAGUGUUCAGUCCUUUGAAAGACCAUAAUUUGGUAUCAACACCUGGGAAAAGAAUUGGUGUGGUUGGUUUGGGAGGACUUGGUCACAUGGCUGUUAAAUUUGGGAAAGCUUUUGGUCACCAUGUUACUGUCAUAAGCACUUCUCCUUCCAAAGAAAAUGAAGCCAAGAAACGUUUGGGAGCUGAUGAUUUCAUAAUCAGCACUAACCCCGAACAAUUGCAGGCUGCAAAGAGAAGCUUAGAUUUUAUUCUGGACACUGUAUCAGCAGAUCAUGCUCUAUUGCCUAUCUUAGAAUUGCUCAAAGUUACAGGGACUCUAUUUCUCGUGGGCGCACCGGACAAGCCACUUCAAUUGCCUGCUUUUCCAUUGAUUUUUGGGAAGAGAUCCAUAAAAGGUGGGAUCAUUGGAGGAAUAAAAGAGACACAAGAAAUGUUGGACGUUUGUGGAAAAUUGAAUAUAACAUGUGACAUUGAGUUAAUCAAAGCUGAUACAAUCAAUGAGGCUUUUGCUCGUCUUGUGAAGAAUGAUGUUCGCUACCGUUUUGUCAUUGACAUUGCUGAUGCUUUUGCUACCACAAAAGAUAUCUAA